AUGGUCCAGCUGACUGCCAGACUCAUCUUUGGUUUUACUGGGUUGGCUGGAGUCCGCUCCUGCCAAGAAGACCUGCAGGUAAAAUUGUGGUUGAAGGACACUUUGAAGAAUUUGGACUCCAGUGGGCUGAAGGAAUUCCAGUGGUACCUGAAUAAUGCAGAAGAAUCAAAGGAUGGUUUCAAGCCGAUCCCACUGUGUUAUCUGGAAAAGGCGGACAGAUUGGACACAGUAAAUCUGAUGAUGCAGAGGUUCUCCUCAAAGACCAGAGAGGUGGCCGAGACGAUUUUAAAGAAGUUAAAAGGAAAACCUGAUGUCCAGGACAAUCCAGUCUCUCCAGCUGGUGCAACAGGUACGGUAGUUGAAGUUUGUAAAAAGUUGAAGUCUAAGCUGCAGAAGAAGUACCAGUGUGUGUCUGAGGGGGUCACGAAAGCAGGAAAGAAAACCCUUCUGGAGCAGAUCUACACGGAGCUCUACAUCACAGAGGGAGGGACCGGAGAGGUCAAUGAAGAACAUGAAGUCAGACAGAUUGAAGCAGCUUCCAGGAAACCAGAUGGAGCAGAAACAACCAUCAGACAGGAAGACAUAUUUAAACCCCCACCUGGAAGAGGAGGACCAAUCAGAACGGUGAUGACGAAGGGAGUGGCCGGCAUCGGGAAAACAGUCCUAACACAGAAGUUCAGUCUGGACUGGGCUGAAGGCAGAACCAACCAGGACAUCCAGUUCCUGCUUCCAUUCACCUUCAGACAGCUGAAUGUGCUGAGAGAGGAGAAGUUCAGCUUGGUGGAACUAGUUCAUCGAUUCUUCUCUGAAACCAAAGGAAUCUGCAGCUUUGAAGAGUUCCAGGUCGUGUUCAUCUUUGACGGUCUGGAUGAGAGUCGACUUCCUCUGGACUUCCACAACAAUGAGGACCUGACUGAUGUUACAGAGUCCACCUCAGUAGACGUGCUGCUGACAAACCUCAUCAGGGGGAACCUGCUUCCUUCUGCUCAUCUCUGGAUCAUGACACAACCCGCAGCAGCCAAUCUGAUCCCUCCUGAGUGUGUUGACAUGGUGACGGAGGUCAGAGGGUUCACUGACCCACAGAAGGAGGAAUACUUCAGGAAGAGGAUCAGAGAUGAGGAGCAGACCAGCAGGAUCAUCUCCCACAUCAAGACAUCACGGAGCCUCCACAUCAUGUGUCACAUCCCAGUGUUCUGCUGGAUCACUGCUACGGUCCUGGAGAACGUCCUGGAGAAAGUCCUGGAGAACGUCCUGGAAACCAGAGAGGGAGGGCGGCUGCCCAAGACCCUGACUGAGAUGUACAUCCACUUCCUGGUGGUCCAGGCCAAACUGAAGAAGGUCAAGUAUGACCGAGGAACUGGAACGGAUCCACACUGGAGUCCAGAGAGCAGGAAGAUGGUGGAGUCUCUGGGGAAACUGGCUUUCAAGCAGCUGCAAAAAGGAAACCUGAUCUUCUAUGAAUCAGACCUGAGAGAGUGUGGCAUCGAUGUCAGAGAGGCUUCAGUGUACUCAGGAGUGUUCACCCAGAUCUUUAGAGAGGAGAGCAGCCUGUACCAGGACCAGGUCUUCUGCUUCAUCCAUCUGAGUGUCCAGGAGUUUCUGGCUGCUCUUCAUGUCCAUCUGACCUUCAUCAAGUCUGGAGUCAACCUGCUGGAGGAAAAAAAGAACACAGAGACUGACCUCUAUCAGACAGCUGUGGACAAGGCCUUACAGAGUCCCAACGGACACCUGGACUUGUUCCUCCGUUUCCUCCUGGGUCUUUCACUGGAGACCAAUCAGAUUCUCCUACGAGGUCUGAUGGAACCAAAACAAGGAAGUUCACAGAACAAUCGAGAAACAGUUGAAUACAUCAAGAAGAGGAUCAGUAAGUAUCUGUCUACAGAGAGAAGCAUCAACCUGUUCCACUGUCUGAAUGAACUGAACGAUCGGUCUCUGGUGAAGGAGGUCCAAGAGUCCCUGAGGUCAGGACGUCUCUCCACAGAUGAACUGUCUCCUGCUCAGUGGUCGGCUCUGGUCUUCAUCUUACUGUCAUCAGAAAAGGAUCUGGAGGUGUUUGACCUGAAGAAGUUCUCAGCUUCAGAGGAGGUUCUACGGAGGCUGCUGCCGGUGGUCAAAGCCUCCAAGAAAGUUCUACUGAGUGGUUGUAACCUCUCAGGGAACAUCUGUCCACUUCUGUCCUCAGUUCUCAGCUCUCAGUCCUCCAGUCUUACAGAACUGGACCUGAGCAACAACGACCUGCAGGAUUCUGGACUGGAGCAGCUGUGUCCUGGACUGGAGAGUCCACACUGUCACCUGGAGUCUCUCAGACUGAAUGGCUGUCACCUCUCAGGGAACAUCUGUCCAAUUCUGUCCUCAGUUCUCAGCUCUCAGUCCUCCAGUCUGACAGAACUGGACCUGAGCAACAACGACCUGCAGGAUUCUGGACUGGAACAGCUGUGUCCUGGACUGGAGAGUCCACACUGUCACCUGGAGUCUCUCAGGCUGUCAGGCUGUCUGAUCUCAGAGGAAGGAAGUUCUUCUCUGGUUUCAGCUCUGACCUCCAACCCCUCCCACUUGAGAGAGCUGGACCUGAGCUACAACCAUCCAGGAGAGUCAGCAGGGAAGCUUCUGUCUAGACUGGAGGAUCCCCGCUGGAGACUGCUGUGUGGAGAAGUUCUGACGGGUCGCUGUUACUGGGAGGUCCAGUGGAGCGAACGUGUUAAUGUAUCAGUGAUCAGUACCGUGUCCGUCACAAUAACAGAGGAACAUUCAUCUCCUCCUUAUAUCCAUGUCCAGCCUCUGGCAGACUAG